CCAUACGCUUGUGCUCACAUGGUCAGGCAUACAUAGAGCCCCUAGCGAAGGCCUCUCCCCGCUGCCGACUGCAGGCUCCAAGAAACACGAGGAGCGGAUCGAUCCAGGGGACUAGUCUAGUUAACCGUUAACAACUUCUCGUUUCCACCAUACACACAGUAGCUUUUCGUCCGGGAGAAGCAAGCAUAGCAAGAUCUGGCCAGCUUCUUGGGGCCGGCCAGCCGAGUUCAGGUGUUUGCAUCGUCGCACGCAGGAAGAGGCUCCAAUGUUGCGCGAGAGAUGGCAGGGACGCGUUUUUACCCUCGUCCUUCUUCUUCUCUCCAACGCGGCGUCAGGCACUUCUAUGAGGGACGACACGAUGCUCCCCUCGGAGGCCGAGAAUUCUCCGUCAGACUUGGCAAAACUCGUGCAGUCUAAGCAGACCAAGCAGGCGCGCGUGUGCGGCGGAGCAGACCACCGGCUGCUGCGAUCCCUGGCCAACACCGGAGCGGAGGUCAUGGUCACCGUCCCCAACUCGCGGCUGCACCACAUGGCGGAGUUCAAGGAGGAGGCCCAGCUCUGGGUCGCCGCCAACGUGGCGCCGUUCCUCCCGGCGACCAUGAUCACGCACGUCCUGGCGGGAGACGACGUCCUGUCAAGCUCUCCCGGGGCCGCCUACUCGCUGGUCCCCGCCAUGCUGAACCUCCACGCCGCGCUCGCCGCCGCCCGCCUCGACGGCCGCGUCAGGGUGUCCACCGCGCUGUCGUCGGUCCCGCUCGCCCCGUCCUGGCACGCCAGCGUCGCGGGGCACCUCCUGCGGUUCCUCAGCGACACCGGCUCGCCGCUCUUCCUCAAGCAGGCCCGCGCACGGGAGGCCGCCGCCGCCGACGACGCGUACGCCGCGAUGCGGGCGCUCGGCUUCUCGGGCGUCCCGCUGAUCGCCGCGGAGCCCGAGGGGCUCGGCGGCGCGGUGGUGUACCGCGGCCACUUGCGUCAUGCUGCCGGUGGGGGCGGCGGGAGGCGGUCGCUGGCGGCGGGGACGUUCUGCGUGGCGCUGCAGAACGCGGACCCGGCGGCGCUGCAGGCGGGGCUGAGCUGGGCGUGCGGGCAGGGCCAGGCCGACUGCUCGGCGAUCCAGCCCGGCGGGGCCUGCUACAGGCAGAACAACCUGGCGGCGCUGGCCUCCUACGCCUACAACGACUACUACCAGAAGGGCGCCAGCACGGGCGCCACCUGCUCCUUCAACGGCACCGCCACCACCACCGCCACCGACCCCAGCUCGGGAUCGUGCGUCUUCGCGGGAAGCACCAUGGCAGGGGGCUCCAACUCGAGCGUGCCGAGCGCCAGCCCUCCGACGAGCCUCGCGCCUCCGUCGGGUGGCCUCGCGCCUCCGGUCGGCUCCAGCCCUCCGUCCGACUUCGGGCCCCCUCCGACCGGCUUCGGCCCUCCCGCGGGUGGCUUCGGUCCGCCGUCUGGGUUCGGCCCACCGUCUGGCUUCGGUCCCCCGUCGGCGUUCGGCCCGCCGGGGAGCUUCAACGGGAGCGGGACCUUCGGGCCGAGCGGCACCCUCGAGCCUUACGGCACCGGGUGCCGCCACGUCGCCUCUUUGGCCGCCUCCACUCUCCUGUCCGCCAUUGUUCUUGCCGUCCUCGUCGCGUCGCCCGAUCUGAUGUAAAUUAUGUGAGUGUGUAUUUGAAUUAGCUAUAGAGAGAUCACGCCCGUUCUUGUCGGGUGUCACCCUGUCGCCCUGACAACUCCAUACUAGUAACAUGUACUAUUAGCAGCGUUGUAAAAUAUACUACAGCACAAUCAGAACAAUAUCGAUAUACGAUAUACAGGCGAACAUACCGAUUAAAUUGUCGACACAA